AUCACCCUGACUCUAAGCAGUUUUCAUCCCUGGGCAUCUUAAGACUCCAGGACAGGUGAAAGAACCGAGAAAUAUGAGCCCGACCACAGUCCUGGAAGAAGCCAUCAGAGAUGCCCACGAGUGUGAUGACGAGAUUCAGCUCUACAACGAGCAGAUCGACACCCUGUGGAAGGAGAUUGAAGAGGUGGAGAGGAGCCUGGAGAGGUCAUCCUACGACUGCCAGCAGCUGGUGGUCACCCAGCAGACUCUGAGGAACAAGUUGGACCAGUAUCAUCGCGUCAUCGAGAAUGAAGGCAACAGGUGGGGUCGGGGUGGGCAGAGCCUGUGGGUACAGAACCACUUACUUGCUCCACGUUUUUCCAUGAGUGGCGGUGUUUAUCUGGCUUGGGGUGCAGGGGGCAAAGAUCUCACCAGGGCUGUGCAGGAUAUAACUGCAGUGAAACCAAGACGCAAAGACCUUCCCAAGAACCUUCCGAGGAAAAAGGAAGACAGAGCAGAUGAAAUUCUGGAAGAGACACCGCUGAGAGGUCCAGAGGACAUGAAGCCAGGGCGGGAGGUGCUCAAAGAAGAGGGCGAGUCUAAGCUUGAACCGGGGGAUGAAGAAGCAAGUCCCCCAACCCAGGAAGGGGCUCCGGAGGAUGUCCCAGAUGGAGGCAAGAUAAGCAAAGCCUUUGAGAAGCUAGGCAAGAUGAUCAAGGAGAAGGUGAAAGGCCCCAGAGAACCCGAGCCCCCCACUGACCUGUACACCAAAGGGCGGUACGUGAUGGUCUCUGGAGAUGCCAGUUUCAUAGAUCCUGGCUUCUGUGUCUUCUCCGCCCCAGUCAGAGGGGGCAUGGUGGUUUCUAAGGGUGACGACUCUGUGCGUCCUGACGGUGGCUUGGAACCCUCUCCCCAGCAGCCUGAACCCUCUCUGGAGGACGGACAGGGGCCUCCCCCGGAGAAAGAAGACAACAGACACCCCCCUACCCUGCACCCUGCAGACAAAGGGGAUGAGAAAAAUGCCAAAAAACUGGAGGGCCUCCAGGGGAAACAGGAUGGCCAGAAGGAGGAGGAGGGGGCCAGAGGGCCCUGUCCCAUGGUGGCACCUGGUCCAGAGGGGCCAUCUACACCCCGGUCUCAAGGGCCUCAGGUCACUCUGGGUGGGCCCGAAGGGCAUGGGGCUCAGAGCAGCAGCCGGCCGGCGAGAAGCCCUCCCAGGAAGCUGGCCUACGAGAAGGUGGAGGUGAUGGAAUCCAUAGAGAAGUUUUCCACUGAGAGCAUCCAGACGUACGAAGAGACUGCUGUCAUUGUGGAGACCACGAUUGAAAAGACGAAGGCAAACAAGAAGAAACUGGGAGAGAAGGGAUCCUCCAGUGCCUGAGCUAACCGGGAGGAGGUGCCUCUGGGCCCCUGAGGACACGUGCUUGGAUGUUUUAGAACAGAGGCUACAAGGGUGAGGAUACAAGG